CUCUUCCCCCAUCCCUCCCCCUCCAUCAUGUUUCUUCGUCCCCUCCGUGCGGCUAGUCGUUCAGGGCCCCAUGGCGUACGUCGCCUCGUGUUAGUCUCUGAGCGCGACUUAUAUUUCUGUUCAGCGUUCAUUACUUUCACGGUCUAUGAACACCAAAGUCAACGGCCCCGUCGUUGGUAUUGACUUGGGGACCACGAACUCUUGUGUCUCCAUAAUGGAGGGCAAGACGUCUCGUGUCAUUGAAAACGCGGAGGGUGCCCGCACAACCCCGUCAGUAGUCGCUUUCGCCAAGCACGGCGAACGUCUUGUCGGUCUCCCUGCCAAACGCCAGGCUGUUGUCAACUCCGCCAACACUGUGUUCGCCUUCAAGCGUCUCAUUGGCCGUCAGUUCAAGGACAAGGAGGUGACUGAGGACAGGCAGCACUGGCCUUUCAACGUCGUCGCCGGUCCCGAGGGUCGUCCUGCAGUGCAGGUUGAGGUCGACAACCAAAAGAAGAACUAUUCUGCGGAAGAGCUUUCGUCCAUGGUCCUGGUGAAGAUGAGGGAGACCGCUGAGCAGUUCUUGAACCAGAAAGUCAACCAUGCUGUCAUCACUGUCCCCGCGUACUUCAACGAUGCCCAGCGUCAGGCCACCAAAGACGCAGGCCAGAUUGCCGGUCUUGACGUGCUUCGUGUCAUCAACGAGCCGACCGCCGCUGCGCUGGCCUACGGUUUGGACAAGGACAGCAAGGCGAAGGUCGUUGCAGUCUACGAUCUUGGCGGUGGAACUUUCGAUAUCUCCAUUCUGGAAAUGCACGAUGGCGUGUACGAAGUCAAAUCCACCAAUGGCGACACCCACCUUGGCGGAGAGGACUUUGAUGUUGUUCUGGUCGACUUCAUUUUGAGCGAAUUCAAGAACGAGCACGGCAUUGACCUGAAGUCGGACCGGAUGGCCAUCCAGCGUAUCCGUGAAGCUGCUGAGAAGGCGAAGAUCGAGCUCUCGUCGACCAAUCAGACUGAGAUCAAUCUGCCGUUUAUCACUGCGGAUGCCAGCGGCCCGAAGCACAUCAACAGCAAGUUGUUGCGUUCCAAGUUCGAGUCCCUCGUCGCUCCUCUCAUCGAACGGACCGUCGCACCUUGCAAGAAGGCUUUGACUGACGCUGGCGUCAAGGCCAGCGAGGUCCACGAAGUCAUCUUGGUCGGUGGUAUGACUCGCAUGCCUCGUGUUGGUGAGACGGUCAAGGCCGUCUUCGGUCGAGACCCCAGCAAGGGCGUCAACCCCGACGAGGCUGUUGCCAUCGGUGCUUCCAUCCAGGGAGGUGUUUUGGCCGGCAACGUCACGGACGUUCUGCUCUUGGAUGUCACUCCUCUGUCCCUCGGUAUCGAGACCCUUGGUGGUAUCAUGACCAAGCUCAUCACUCGUAACACGACCAUCCCCACCAAGAAGUCGCAGGUGUUCUCCACCGCGGCGGACGGCCAAACCGCGAUCGAGGUGAAGAUCUACCAGGGUGAGCGUGAGCUCGUCCAGGACAACAAGCUGCUCGGCAACUUCAACCUGGUCGGCAUCCCCCCCGCGCCCAAGGGCGUUCCCCAGAUUGAGAUCACCUUCGACAUUGACGCUGACGGUAUCGUCAACGUUUCUGCCAAGGAUAAGGCUACCAACAAGGAUCAGUCCAUGACCAUCGCCUCCUCUUCUGGCUUGAGCAAGUCUGACAUCGGCAAGAUGGUGUCGGAUGCGGAGCAGUUCGCCGAGACCGAUAAGGCUCGCCGUGAGCUGAUCGAGGAGGCUAACAAGGCUGAUUCCGUCUGCGCUGACACUGAGAAGGCUAUGUCCGAGUUCAAGGACCAGCUCGAUGCGACUGAGAAGGAGAAGGUCACCAACCUUGUCAGCCAACUGCGCGAGAUUGCGCUCAAGGGCCAGGCUGGUGAUGCCUCCAUCACACCAGACAUGAUCCGCGAGAAAAUCAACGAGACCCAGCAGGCUUCGCUCGGACUUUUCCAGAAGAUCUACGAGAAGAAGAACGCAGAGAACGCCAGCUCCGAGUCGUCCUCUGAGCCCAAGGAAGAGAAGAAGGAGUAGACGCAUUCUUUUCCUGGCGCCCAUCUGCAACCGCCACGACCCGACUAGACGAAAAGUAUCCUAUCUUAGCAUACACUCUACUACUGACAUCACACCAUGGUAUAUCGAUACUUGCAUGCCUUCGCAAUCCCCCCACUCAAUCUUGUACAUGACGUAGGAAACAAUAAAACAAAAGAUUGAAUAAUGACCUUUCUAUGCGCUGAACCGAAGAAGUGAGGCAACUUGUAGCGGUGCAGCCGUGUUGGGGUUUGCUUACCUUGCCUCUCUCUCUUCCACUGUGACCCACAGUGACCGCCCAGUGACCUCGUCGUGUCGCCCGAUAGUCACAUCAACGCGACGCGUGGGAUGGACGACACAUACUCUGAACCUACCACAUCUCCGCGUAAGCGCAGGGAGAAUGAGACUCCUCAGCAGCGCCUCAAACGAGAGAAGGCCGCCGAACGUCAGAGAAGGAAACGCGAGCGCGACCGGGCUGCAACUGGCAUCGGCCCCCCUCCUGCGAUGGUCUUCCCUGCAGUGUCUGCCCCCCAUCCCCAAGACCCGCAUUUCCACCAGCAAGACUACCUCUCCGCCCCGCCCCAGAUGGCCCCUGUUGCUGUCCGACCUGAUGACAGUCACCUCACGCCAGAGGAAAUAGCGCGACGGGAUCGAGUUCGAGCGUCUGCAAGGGACCGGCAGCGCAAGCAUCGACAGCUGGUCAAGCAACGUAAGAUGCGCGAGUUAGGUCUCGAUAUGGGAAAUGAAGUGAUGCCUCCCAUGGACGACGCGAGUGCUGCGGCUGGCCCCCCUCCGAUACACUACCGCGUUGAUGCGGACGGGAACUAUGCGCCUGUUACCGUGUUGGCACCACAUGAACUCCAGCAAGCGUUGCAACUCCAGUCAGGCCCCGAGCCACCAUUCCCUGCCGGUCCUGUACACGGGGGGCAGACCUUCGCCACCACUCUGCUGCUCUCGUUUUCCUGUGCUCCUCUGUUGAAGCAGCACCUGCUUCGGACGCUCAAUAUGGAGAACGACGAGUUGCCCACUCUUGAACCGGUAAUUGCUGAAGCCUGGGACCGAUGGGACCAUGCGCGACGAGGAUUGGUCUAUCAUCCGCCAGGCUCGCAAGAGUUUGCCGGUGCCCCCUCAGGACCAACCUACCCUUAUGCGGAGGCAGCACCCGCCGGUCCGCCUCCGACGCAAGACUUCCGCAGCCGUUUUGCCGGGGCCAUGACUGUUCCGGUGCCGUUCAGAGCUGCAUUCGUUGCGGCACAGGCCAACGGUGUAGGUGACCAGGGUGUAUCCGUGAAUGGCACCGAUGCUGCAGGCACCAACGCAGGCCAGGCGGGAACGAUUGAUCCUCAUCUGGGACAGGGAAGCGAAGACAAGGAUGACAACGCUGUCUGAACCUGGCCUUGGACUCUGGUUUCUGUAUUUGUACUUUUGAUUGCAUGUUGAUAAUGUUUUCCUAUCUUAUUUGCAGGGCACUUUUUCUUUCU